CCAGCGUGCGCAAACAAGCUCUUACACUGAUCAUGCGAGUACGGCGUAUGAACAUUGUGAAUUUGCACAAAGCACUAGUUUGCUACAGUCCAUACUCGCUUAUAAUUUAAACAGCUUUGGCUACGGAUUUGGACGCACUUUUGAAGGACUAAGUUACAUUACGUUAACUAAAUAUCUGUUUGAGUUACCAGCGCGUUUGCUUGUUUCGUUGCGACUCGGACGUCGGUGAGAUAUCACAAUGGUGGGGAUGACAAAAAGAGUCAAGGUCUUCGAGAUCGUCUUCAGCGACCCAUCCAAGAGCUUUUACUGCAGUGGAGAUAAAGUGUCGGGGAAGAUCCUGGUGGAGGUGUUGGAGGUGACCAGGGUGACGGCUGUGAAGGUCCUGGGCGUCGGAUGCGCUAAAGUGGAGUACGCUAAAGGCAAACAGAGAUGCCGUGAAGAAGUCGACUAUCUGAAGUAUGAAGAGGUUGUGCACCUGGAUGACCAACCAACAGACACAGAUGGUUCGGUCAUCCUCCGUCCUGGAAACAAGUACGAAUACACCUUUGGCUUUGAGCUUCCUCAACAAGGACAACUGGUGUCUUCUUACAAGGGCAAGUUUGGGUUCGUGCAAUACUUUGUGAAGGCUCUGAUGGAAAGCCCCGCUCAGCCUGCCAUGGAGUGCAGGAGGCACUUUGAGGUUGAGGAGCCCUUGGAUGUCAACACCCCAGACUUACUGUCCCCUACCGGAGGCAUGAAGGAGAAGAAGGUCACCUGCAUGUUCAUCCCAGACGGCCAGGUUUCCCUAAACGCCAAAAUCGACAGGCGUGGCUUCUGCGAAGGUGAAGAGAUCUGCAUAGAUGCCAAAUUUGAGAACACCUGCUCUCGCAUCGUGGUACCCAAAGCGGCCAUCAUCGCCAAGCACACCUACCAGGCCAACGGCCGCACCAAGGUCUUCAGGCAAAAACUCUCCUCAGUACGUGGCAACCACAUCAUCUCCGGCAUGUGCGACGCCUGGCAGGGCAAGAGCAUCCGUGUGCCCAAGAUCAAGCCCUCCAUAUUGGGCUGCAACAUCAUUCGGGUGGAAUAUGCGCUGAUGAUUUACAUGCACAUCCCGGGCAGUGAUAAGUUGGUUCUGGAGCUGCCUUUGGUCAUUGGGACGGUGCCCUACAAUGGUUUUGGUAGCCGCACCAACAGCAUGAGCAGCCAGGAUGGUUCUGUCAGCAAUGCAUCGAACAGUUGGGUGUCCCUGCGGAUGCCGUCGUCUGCCCCACCAAGCUACUGUGACAUUACACGUGACUGCAGCCUGGACCAACCUCUCACACCUCUGUUGGAUGACUAUGAUGGUGGAGACAGUCCCAUCUUCAUGAACUUGAAUGCAUCCAAAUUCCAGUUCCCCCCGCUCCCUACUUAUUCUGAGGUGGAGGAGGAAUACAACGGGAACGCCCGCAUGCUUCCUGUCUGCUGAACAAAGCUGGCAGAGCACUAGAACUGAACUGUUGCCCAUCAUAAAUGGGCUUCUUUUCCACUCUUAGCACUUCGGGCUUUCACCAUGUGGAUCGGAGCUGGUUUGAGAAGUGUCGUAUGGACGUGUGGAAGUGAAGAUGAAGCGGGGGGUUUUGGGGCCCGAGUGGCCCCUCUGCAGGAUGAGCUAGUCGAAGUUCAGAGGAAGAAGGAGUGAAGUCUGAGCGCUCUUGUGCCUGCAUUGCUGACAGCCAUCUUAUAUCAUGCAUCAGUCAAAUUUAAUGCGUUUCUGUCAUAUUAUUGAUGCUGUUUCGGGGGCCUGAAAGAGGGCACGUGGACUGUUAGGCGAGCUGUAUUUCAUUGUGUUUGAGCUGAUCUUUCAUGAUAUGAGAUAACUGCUGAGGUGCAAACUGAUUGUGCCACAUUAUAGCCAUUUAAACACACAUAGACUUCCCCAUUUGUGGUCAUGUACUUUCCAGUAGUCCCCAAUAUAACAUUAGCAUUUAGCUCAUCAUUUUCAUUACCAUUCCGUAAUAUAUUUUUAUUUUUUGCAGCGUUGAAAGAUUUCAUUUUUUAGAAACAUUCUUCAACACGUUUGUUUGAUUUUAUGCUGGCCGUGAGGUUAAGUUAAUGUGCUUUUCAACAUUUUUCAUCAAGGGAAAAUCAUGCAGUGUCAGUUACAAUGUACCAGUGUUGAGGCUGAUUUUUAUUUAAUUUUUUCAUGCACUUUUUUAAGGAUGCAAGUUGCUAUACAACUACUCCCAGGGAUAUUUCUUAUGUUUUCAUUUUGUUUUGCUCUUGUCUUCCAAAAUUGUUUGUUGAGGGAUCAAGCAUUGCAUGUGCAACUCAAGAAUCUGUACUGUAAUACGUUGAAAACCUUGUCCUAACAAAGGGCUCCACUGAUGUUGCUUCUUCCACUGUGGACUUGAACAUUAGGCCAAAAAUGAACUUGAUACUUCAGGUGCCAAAAUUGGGGUCUUUUUGGACUUCGAGCCCCAACAACCUUCAUUUGCGAGACCAGAAGCUGCACUGUGUAGACAUAUCCUUAAGACAUUUUGAUGAACAUUUCACUUGGGGAGAUCUUCCUGAACUUUGUGUGUGUGUGUUCCGUUUUCUGUUUCUUAUAGAAUAUAAAAUGUCUGUUACUGUUAUUGUAAACAGUGUAAAUUUGCAAUGAUCAAAAUACAAUUUUUGUAUCUUA